AUGUAUCUGUCCCUCAAGGCCACCAUUUUCGCAUUGGCUGCUCUCGCCUCCGCCGAAGAUGCCGCUACAACACCAGGCUACGACUGCCCACCCAACAGCAUCACUCCCUCCAUCCCCCUAAGCAACACCAACCUCACUUUCGGCCAGCACUACGCCGUCCUCAACCUCGACCUCAUCAACGGCCUCGUCUCCCCCAUCGCCAACACCCCGCAAGGCUCCCAAUUCAUCAGCAACACCGCCCGCUGGAUCUCCGCCGUCCACUCCCAGAACCCCGCCCCCCUCAGCAUCUUCACGCGCAUCUACUACAGCAACGCCCGCAAACCGGAACUCGGACCCGACACGCCCUUCGGAAAGCCGGAGGGACCUUGGGAACGGCGACGGAUCCCAACACGGCCAUCUUCCCGGCCUUCCACGCGCGGCCGGAUGAGGGCGACGUGGUGUUGCAGAAGACGAGGUAUUACGCCGGGUUUGGCAACGAGCUGGAGGAGAUUCUGCGGGCGCAGAAGAUUGACACGGUCAUCCUGUCCGGGAUCCGCACCAGCGGGGUGAUUCUCAACACGGCCUAUCAGCUCUUUAAUCUGGACUAUAAUGUUCAAGAUGUUGUCCGACGAGGCGUGCAUACAUGACUUUUUUUUUGCUGAUGAUAGACGACGACGUCAGGUAUGUGAUUGCCAACAAUACGAUCGAAACGCCACCGGACACGCCGGGCAUCAACGAGGCGAUUUUGGAGGGGAUUAUCCCCAAGUUGCCGGCCAAUGUUAUUACGAUUGAGCAGGCUAUGGCUGCUCUGGAGAGAAGUGGGCCGGCGGUGUAUUAG